GGGAUCCCUUGGGACAAACCCGGAAGUAUAUUGAAACUCAGGGCUGCUGUUAUGCGAGUCUCUAUCUGCUGAAAAGACUAGUUCAGUGCGCUGAUUUGUUUCGUUCGAGUCAGUUGCCAUCUGAUUAAAAUUAUUUCAAGUGUUUUUAUUUCAGCAUUUGCAACCAUGACUUUUAACUGGGUACAACGGACCUCCAAACUCUCAAGGUGGCAGGGGGCGUUCCAGUCGUGCAUAUUUAGCUGUAAACGCUACUCCGUGCAAGAGCAAUGCCGUGUACCAAGUUCUGUGGUCGAAGCUUUCCGAGCUGUGACAGGAAGUGAUGGCGUUUCCAUGGGAACUGCAGUCAGAGAGCAGCAUGGUAAAGAUGAGUCUGUUCACAGCUGCAGACCCCCAGAUGUGGUGGUGUGGCCGCGCAGCGUGGAAGAGGUCAGUGCGCUCGCCCGGCUCUGUCACCAACACAGCCUUCCCAUGAUCCCCUUUGGCACGGGCACAGGGCUAGAGGGAGGAGUCGGAGCCUUGAAGGGCGGUGUGUGCUUUGAUCUGCAGAAGAUGGACAGAGUCCUAGAUUUUCAUGCAGAGGACUUUGACGUCACUGUGGAGCCAGGGGUGACCCGGACUGGGCUCAAUUCAUACCUCAGGGACAGCGGCCUCUGGUUCCCUGUUGACCCAGGGGCAGAUGCUUCUCUUUGUGGGAUGGCAGCCACCAGUGCAUCAGGGACCAACGCAGUGCGCUACGGGACGAUGCGGGAGAACGUCAUGAACCUGGAGGUGGUGCUGUCCGACGGGACAAUCGUUCACACUGCCGGCAAGGGGCGCCGAACUAGGAAGACUGCGGCGGGCUACAAUCUGACUAAUCUGUUUGUAGGCUCAGAGGGGACGCUGGGGAUCAUCACCAAGGCCACGCUGCGUCUGUACGGGAUUCCCGAGGCCGUGGUGUCGGCUGUUUGCUCCUUCUCAUCAGUCCAGGCAGCAGUGGACAGCACCGUGCAAAUCCUACAGUGUGGCAUUCCCAUCGCCAGAAUCGAGUUUCUAGAUGAUGUGAUGAUUGACGCCUGUAACAGGUACAGUAAGCUGUCCUACCCUGUCUCGCCGACUCUGUUCCUUGAGUUUCACGGCAGCGAGCGCAGUCUGGAAGAGCAGGUCUCUUUGGCAGAGGAGAUCACGAAAGCCAAUAGUGGCUUGGAUUUUAUCUGGGCGAAGGACCAGGAGACAAGAAGCCGGCUGUGGAAGGCACGGCAUGAUGCCUGGUACGCAGCGCUGGCAAUCAGACCCCGGUGCAAGGCUUACUCCACAGACGUGUGUGUGCCCAUCUCCAGGCUACCGCAGAUCAUUGUGGAGACUAAACAGGACCUGACCCAAAACAGGCUCACAGGUCCAAUUGCUGGCCAUGUGGGAGAUGGGAAUUUCCACUGCCUGAUGGUCCUGGAUCCCACAGACCCUGACGAAGUCCAGAGAGUUCAGGAGUUCACUGACCGUCUGGCCAGGCGUGCUCUGGCAAUGGAUGGGACCUGCACAGGGGAGCACGGGGUGGGGCUGGGGAAGAGAGCUCUGCUGCGGGAGGAGGUGGGACCCCUAUGCAUGGGGGUGAUGGAGGGGGUCAAGGCCUCCCUGGACCCCCAAAACCUGAUGAACCCUGGGAAGGUUCUGUAGUAAUGCCCAUAACCUAUACUGAACCUCCGUCUCAUUUCUCACCAAGAGGACGAUCCCCUCUGCAGCUCUGAUUGUGUGGAAAUACUAUAUACAGCAUCCCCACUACCUCACUUUGAAGAUGUGUUUAAAGAAGCCUCUGAUUUCUUGUUUCUAACCUGUAUUCCCCCCCAAUAGUGUGCAAAUCUACAUAACUCCUAUCACAUUAUACUGUAGUUCCAGAUGUAUGUAGAAGUGGCAUGUUAGGUAUGGAUUUGACUCUGAACAUGUUUAUUUUAAAUCUUAGUUUAUAUAAAUGCCAAGUUUGUAAAUGAUGUGCUUAGAAGAUUGUUUAUAUAUUUUACAUGCUAUACAGUAAAUUAAUGCAUCAUUUGUUCCUAAUGAGAUGCUUUAAUUAAUAAAUCCAGCUUGAAAUGUUA